GGGGCGCUGUAUUAUUUUCCAACAAAUACACAAAUAAUUGUCAGGGUUAUGUCACGUAUUCAAUAAUAAAUAAAUAAAUAAUUAAAUACAUCAUAACAAUAUUUUUUUUAAUUGUUGUUUUGAUUAAUAUACCAUUUUAUUUUUCUUACAAGUCAAAGGUACUACAAAUGGAUGAUAAUUAAUUGCCUAUUUUAAUUUUUUUGUUUAUAGAAUAUCAUAUAUUAUUAUAAACAAAAAAAAAAUACAUAAAUAAAAGAUGAGUUCAGGAUUCGUAACAGAGGCUGAAAUUGCCGAGCAGAAGAGAAUUCGUCAGGAAGAAUGGGAAAAAGUUAGAACUGCUGAUCAACCAAUUGAUGCACCUGAAGAGCCAUAUGACGGACGAUCAUUGUUUGAUAAAUUACAAGAUCAAAAAAACAAACGUGACAUGGAAUAUGAAGAAGCCCACAAACUAAAAAACAUGAUCAGAGGUCUUGAUGAUGAUGAAGUUGAAUUUUUAGAUUUAGUUGAUCAAAAAAAAAUUGAUGAAGAAAGAAAAAAAAAAAUUGAAGAAGAAAAUGAAAUGCGUGAUUUUAAAAAACGAGUUGCAUCAUUACAAGAAAAAACAUUGGAUGAAAGAUUAAAACAAGAAUUAAAAAAACCACAAUGUACUAGUAAAAAUUUAUCUGGUUCUAGUGGUAGAAUUUCACAGCAAAAAUUAUUAGCUGGUGUUGUUAUUAAAAAACAACAAGAUAAAACAACAACAACAACAACAACAACAACAGAUAAUACAAAAGGAUUAAAAAGAAAGCUAACAGAAAAUGAAGUAAGCCAAGAUUGUAAUGCAAAAGAGUGUAAAGUUGAUGAUGAAAAAAAUAAUACAACUCCAAUUGUUGAACAACAAAGUGGACUCAAGUGUAUUGGUAUAUUACCUGGUCUUGGUUCAUAUUAUGAUGAUUCAAGUGACAGUGAUUGCAGCUCUGAUUCAGAACACGAACAUGGACAUAUCAAGUAUGAUCUUUUGGGAAGAAAAAUUCCAACUAAACAUGAUGAUGAUUAAAGCUCAUUAAAUAUUUAAAAAAAAAAAAUCAUUUAAUACUUAUAUUAUUCAAAAACAUUCAUUGUAAUUAACUCAGGAAAAACAAAACAAAUGCAGAA